GUGGUCACUCGCCGCUGCUUUUGGUGCAUCAUCGUCCACCGGAUGGGUUCGGCUCGUGCCUCGUUGUGCGUCACCCUGGAAAAGUGGCUCGGAGACGUGGAGGGACUGGAAGUCACAAGUGUCCCUGCAGCGUGCAGCUCGGCGGCCAACAUGCGGCUGGAGAAACACCUGUGAUCCGAGCUGCGGAUUUAUCUUUACUGUCCUGUUCUUCCUCUGCUCCACUUUACCUCAGCCUGUCUGCCCGUCACCGCUUUGAAUCGCUCGUCUUUAAAUUACCACAGUCGGGUGUGACCCGCUGAGCCGCCAUGACCUCUAAGGACGACUCCAAAUACCCAGCGGUGCUGGAGGAGCGGAGGCGCAGUCCGCUGGAUCAGCUGCCGCCGCCGGCCAACUCCAACAAGCCGCUGACGCCUUUCAGCAUCGAGGACAUCCUCAACAAGCCGUCUGUGAGAAGGAGCUACUCUCUGAGCGGAGCAGCGCACCACAUAUCUCCCGGAGAGAAGCUGACCUCGGCGGGUCACAGCCUGUCCGGCCGGGCUCUGCUCAGUCAAACCUCCCCGCUCUGCGCGCUGGAGGAGCUGGCCAGCAAAACCUUCAAGGGCCUGGAGGUCAGCGUCCUGCAGGCUGCCGAGGGCCGAGACGGUCUGACGCUCUUCGGCCAGAGGAACACUCCUAAGAAGCGGCGGAAGUCCCGCACGGCGUUUACCAACCACCAGAUCUACGAGCUGGAGAAGCGCUUCCUCUAUCAGAAGUACCUGAGCCCGGCGGAUCGGGACCAGAUCGCCCAGCAGCUUGGUCUGACCAACGCGCAGGUCAUUACCUGGUUUCAGAACCGGCGGGCCAAGCUCAAGCGGGACUUGGAGGAGAUGAAAGCGGACGUGGAGUCCGCCAAGGUCGCUGGCGCUGUGGCCUAUGAGAAGCUCUCCAAGCUGGCCGAGCUAGAGAAGUGCGCGGCCGGAGGGAUGGGCGGCGGGACUGUUUCCGCGCCAGGACACACCGAACCCGACCCAGUCUCCUCCAGGUCCCACCAGGACACCACAGAGAGUUUCGCCUCCAGCAGAGCGCACAUGUCGCCUCCUUCCCCCGCAUCGUCGUGGUACACAGACCGGUUGAGCAGCAAGUGUUGCUCAGAGGAUGAAGAUGAGGAAAUAGACGUGGAUGACUAAAGUUAUGUCAGCGGUCACCGUGUGAAGUGCCAAAUAACGCGAUGUUUGCAGACAGAAACUCUGGCUAAACAAGGAUUUCAUCCUUUGCGCACGAACAUGCAGCAAACUAUCCAGAAACAACAGUCUCAGCGGCUUGAUUUGAGAGAAGCCAUAGGCCCGCUGCAUCCUGCCGUGGAACGGGCACGCAAAACGCGUGACAGCUUACAGAGAGACAUUCAGGGGGAAAAGGCAAGGCAGCAAACAUGCAGGUGCUUAUUAUGGUUAAAAUCACUGAAAUAUUUCACCGCAUGUUUCAUUUGAGUUGAUUAUGAAAUGGUUGAAAAGGCUACAAAUCAUUUUUAUAAGCUUAAGCCGACUGUUUUCAGCUUUUUUAUAUAUUAAUUGUUCUGAAAUGAUAAUCACAGAGAAUGUGUUGCCAACAGCUUGUUAUAAAUCACAGUUUAAUAUAUUUAUAAUGCUUUGUACAACAUUUAAGUGCCUUUAGAAUGUACAGAACGCAUACAACUGUACAAAUUGUAAUGUAAACUAUA